GUUAAUAAUAGUCUGCAUUUAUUCAUUUAAAUAUUUUGAAUUAUUUUGGAUUCAUUUAAUAUUUUGAUUUCAUAUAUCAUAAGUUCACUAUGGAGACAAAUUAUCCUACUGAGAUUUCUUUAAAUUUUGCAGAAUUUCCUAAAGAUUCUCGCAAUAGUAUAAAAUUUAUAGUGGAUAUCUUAUUUUCGAAUAUCUACCCGUUGUUACAAAGAAUUAGUGAUAAUUUACAUAACAAUGUUAAAGAAGGCUUUACGGACGAAAAUUAUGUUGCAAUACGAAAUAUUUACACUUUGUGUUCGGACCAAAUAAGAAAAUGUUAUUUAUCAAUGUUAGAAAUUAUCAAAUCAGAAUAUAACAAUGGUGUUUAUUUACAGGAGAGUCGUCGAUGUAUAUGUGAAAGAUUGUCUUGGUGCUAUCAGAAAUUAUUGUCAAUUGAGCAACUUCUCGAGGAAACAUUAGUGGACGAAGUGGAUUCAUUCAAUAAUUCUAUUCUCAUUCCAACUAUGUAUUUUGUCAACUGGAUUGAUCAAACAUUUGAAGUUCUCAAUAAAUUAUCUGGUGUCAUUUAUAGAGAUAGUUUUAAAAAAAAUGAAGAAUUACACACAGGAUGGAAACGAGAAUUAUUGGAAUGCAUUCAAGGAUUACAUACUUCUAUAGAUGAAUUGUUGCUAUCUUCUAUGACUCUAAGUAAAUAUUGUUUAUCAGAUGAUCAACAUAUUGUUAAAGCGCGUUGUCAAGUGGUGCUGAGAGAAACGAAAUCACUGUUAAGUGAAUUGAUUGAUGGAAAUCUAGAAGAAGUACAACCUACUAUAUUUAACCUGAAAUUACCAAUAAUGCCUUCAAAUGUGAAUUUACUAAUAGAUGUUCUAAAAGAUGUAUUGUAUGCCUUAGAAACUAAUACGAACACAGCUUUAUUAGCAUUAGUAGUUCAUUGCUUUAGUCAAAGUAUGACACAGGCAGAUAUGUUAAGAUGUCACUUUGAAAAAAGUCCUAGAGGAGAGUGCUCUUGCCAGGGUGAUGGUGAAGAUGUUGACGAAAAUUGUAGUUUCAUAAAAGAAUUUGAUUUGCACAAUGAAAGAUUACUGCAGAUUGGGUCAUUUGCAAUGUCUUGUUCGUCAGAUCAAAAAAGAGUAUUAUGUCUACGUAGUGGUUUAGCAAGCCUAGAAGCAUUGGACCCACAUCUAGUACCAGCUAUUAUGCUUUCUCCAUGCAGUCAUCACUCCUCAAUACUGGUUGAUAUUUGGAAUCAGGAAGUAAUGCAGAUCAGGGAUAGUGUGUUUUUAAUAGUGGAUCCUGCUGCUUUUGCUGAUAAAGCAAGACAAAUGAUGCAUCAAAAAUUACUAGAAAUAACAAAAGGAGGUAGCAACAAUAAUAGUAAAACUUGCGCUGUUAUUAACAUUGGUUCAAUUGUUUAUGAAUUUUUUAAUGUAUAUGAAAAAUUUGAACCCGACGCAUUGACCUGCCAAGAACAACUUUCAAGUCUUUUAAUGGAUUUGAACAAGGUUCAAAAAGAGUGUAAAGUAGUAAGCAAUCUACUAAGCUCAGCAGAUGACCAUUUAUAUGAUAUUAAGGCAAUUCCUAAAAAUAAUGCCAUAUCUGUAGACCAACUUAUAAAGCGACUCAAACUUUUAUACACAUUGGUGAAAAGAAUAACAAAUUUAUUAAAUCCAAAAGAAAAUGAUGAAGAGUUCUACGAGGAGCCAUUAGAAAAUAAGAAUGUCACACAAACAAUCAAUUUUAUAAAUGGUAACACUUAUGUCAAUUCACCUAAAAAACAAACAAAUAUCACCAGAAGUAUGUUCGCUCGAAGUAAUAUAAGAUCAUCAACUGGCAAGUUCCCUUUAGCAGUUCUAACCAAGCAUUUAAAAUCAAGAAAUUCGAAGGACUUAAGUUUUUCAAUACAAUUUGAUGAAUUAUGCAAUUUAUCAGAGAUUAAAAUGAAAAAUCGUGAGAUGUCUAUACUGUAUUCACCCUUCAAACCCAGGGCCUCUUUAAGAAAGGCUGUUUUAAGUAAACUCUGUGCGGUGCCAUUUGAUAAAGAAAUUAUACUAGAAGGUAAAGUAAAGUUAGAUCCGAGUUUUAUGUCAGACAAAGAUAGUUUUAUGGAUGACAAUACAAGUUUACAGAUAACAGAUGUCCUGAAUCAGAUCAACGAUCUAACGAACAUGUCCACUAAUAGAAGGCGGCCAUUUAAUUCAACGGUUUUACUCGAAAAACCAUUGAGAAAUUCUAAUGAAACCCGAGAUAACGUUUUGAAACUAGCCGUUAAUAACGAAUCGACGUUUAAACGUAUUUGGAACAUAAGUAUUAAUAAUAGUGCCAGUAAGCAAGAUGAAUCUGCUUGUACAUCGAAUUUGACGCAACCGUCAGAUGUGAAUACGUUGGAAAGGUUAAAUGAUUUAGACCUUGUGGAAAGUAAACUAAGUGGUUUAAAAUUUGGCCAUUUUGAAACUAGUUUGUAGGCAAAUUAAUAUUUAAUGAAUAAUGUAUUUUUUUUCUUAGAGAUUCUUUUAUAUAUCUAAUAAGUUUUGAUCAAUUUUAUUUUAUUAUGUUAAUUCAAAUGAUUUUCACUCGAUUUGAGAUAGUUUUCUAUUCCGUCCAAUUUUAGCGUAAGUUUGUGUUUACAAAAUGAAAUAUGUAUAUAAAAUAUAUUAUAAAUUUUAUGGUUGUGGAUUUACUCAAUAAAAUAGUUAAAAAUCAAAAGUUUUAUUUUGAA